UUCAUAAACCGGGUGAGAAAACGUUGGAUCAGCUCGUGACAAGACUAAACGCGCACCCGCCUAAAACCCCCCAAGAAAACCCUCAAAACCCUCCGCUGACUACGACGCUGUCUCCUCCUCUCUCAAUCUUCCUGUUUGGAAAGGCAGCUUCUUUUCGACACGCUUUCGAGGACACAAUUCUGCAGUUCUAAGAUCCGAUUCCCAACCGAGUCGCACGCUUACCCGGAGCACCCGAUUCGCUUCUGCGAUUCAUUUGACUGUGGCCUCAGGAGGAGGGAGAGUUUGCGGACAUGGCUCGGUGGCACGCGACAAUGCCCUACUCUGGCAACGGCGCCACGGUCUGUGCAUCGAACAAAGAGACACUUCUUAUCCAUGACAAGAUAAGCUGCCUGAGAAGUUCAUUUGUAUCACAAAAGUUUGGUGCUCGGUUGGGUUGCUUUGGGGGAUAUCCGAUUGGUUUGACCCAUGGCAGUAUCACUGCCGAAUCUCGUGUUAGAAAAGGAAUUCAAGCAGUUUUGACCAGUGAUGCAGAAAAGGGUGGAGGUCUGCGUGGAAAGUUGAACAAAGUGGUUCUGGCCUAUAGUGGCGGCUUAGAUACCUCAGUUAUUGUUCCAUGGCUGAGGGAGAACUAUGGCUGUGAGGUUGUAUGCUUCACUGCCGACGUUGGCCAAGGUUUGAAGGAGCUUGAAGGUUUGGAAGAAAAGGCGAAGGCCAGCGGUGCAUGUCAGUUGGUAGUGAAGGACCUCAAGGAAGAAUUUGUGAAGGAUUACAUAUAUCCUUGCCUGCGAGCUGGUGCCAUCUACGAAAGGAAGUACUUAUUGGGGACCUCUAUGGCCCGACCAGUCAUUGCUAAGGCCAUGGUAGACGUUGCAAAAGAAGUUGGAGCAGAUGCUGUAUCUCAUGGAUGCACUGAAGGAAAUGAUCAGGUUCGGUUUGAGCUUACUUUCUUUGCCUUGAACCCUGAUCUCAAUGUUGUGGCCCCUUGGAGGGAAUGGGACAUCACAGGGAGAGAAGAUGCCAUAGAGUAUGCUAAGAAGCAUAAUGUGCCGGUCCCUGUGACAAAGAAGUCCAUCUAUAGCAGGGACAGAAACUUGUGGCACUUAAGCCAUGAGGGGGAUAUUCUGGAAGACCCUGCAAAUGAGCCAAAGUCAGAUAUGUACAUGAUGACUGUCGACCCUGAAGAUGCUCCUAAUCAACCUGAGUAUCUUGAAAUUGGAAUAGUGUCAGGGCUUCCCGUUUCCAUCAACGGGAGGAAGCUCUCUCCUGCAUCUUUGCUUUCUGAGCUAAAUGAGAUCGGGGGGAGGCACGGUAUUGGUCGCAUUGACUUGGUUGAGAACCGACUAGUUGGGAUGAAAAGUCGCGGGGUCUAUGAAACUCCUGGUGGGACCAUCCUUUUCACUGCUGUGCGUGAGCUAGAGUCUCUGACCCUGGAUCGGGAAUCUGUGCAACUCAAGGAUUCUCUGGCCCUCAAGUAUGCAGAGCUGGUGUAUGCGGGCCGAUGGUUCGAUCCUCUUCGCGAGUCGAUGGACUCUUUCAUGGAGAAGAUCACGGAGACUACGACCGGUUCAGUGGUCCUCAAGCUGUACAAAGGAUCCGUCAUGGUUACCAGUCGAAAAAGCCCCUUCAGCCUUUACAGGCAAGACAUUUCAUCGUUCGAGAGUAGCCAGAUAUACGACCAAGCUGAUGCUGCCGGUUUCAUCCGGCUUUAUGGUCUUCCAAUUAGGGUGCGAGCAAUGCUUAACAAAGGCAUUUGAUUGGCUUUGACAGCUACCCAUGACUGGCUUAUUUUGGCUGUGAUGUUGGAUAGGCUUUGUCUUGCUUGACCUUUGAUGUAGAAUUUUUGAGGUUAUGGUUUUCGAUUUAGUGCAUGUGCGGAUUUACUGCAUGUGCGGUGAUUAUGAUUUCGGAGUAAACUCUUAGCAUAUUGCUUGGCUC